ACUAAAUGACGUACUGAAAUUGUCAAUAAUCCCAAUUUGUCGUAAUUAUUCGUAAUUAUUUUUCACCGUCCACAGCGGUCUAAUUGUGCUAGGGAACAUUAUAGUGAUAUGAAAAUCCAUACCGUGUACAGAGACGUCAGGCGCCGGCGUACAUUUCCAUUCAAGACGCUCCUACACACGAAAAUCCAGCUGUGCGAGCUCAGCGAUCCCGUCCAAUUCAGUCUAUAUCCUUUCAUCACCGCGAACUAGGACCACGCGAUGUGGUUUUCCCUUUUCCUUCUUCUGGUCCAGGCUGCUGCUUCCCUCCAGUUCGAAUUCAGACAUCACGACAACAAUGAAAUGGUACAAGUUCUGGAAGACGUUCAGGCCAAGUGUCCGAACAUCACAAGGAUAUACACUUUGAGCGAGACCUCGGUCAACGGUUUUCCUCUGUACGUGAUUGAGUUUUCUACCAAGCCUGGCCAGCAUGAAAUACUGAAGCCAGAAUUCAAAUACAUCGCCAACAUGCACGGUAACGAAGUGUUAGGUCGAGAACUUAUGCUACAAUUGGCGGAUUAUCUAUGCGAUGAGUACAUGCGGGGUAAUCCUAACAUCAGGGCCCUCAUCCAACAAACAAGAAUCCACCUUAUGCCUUCAAUGAACCCUGACGGAUGGCAGUUAGCAACAGACACUGGAGGAAACGAUUAUCUCUUGGGAAGGACAAACAACAAUUCCGUGGACCUCAACAGGAACUUUCCGGAUCUGGACAGGAUUAUGUUUUCUCACGAACAAAACCACGUGGACCGCAACAAUCAUCUGCUACAAGAGAUUACAUCUUUGAAGGAGCCUCUUCAACCCGAGACCAGAGCUGUCAUAAGACUAAUAAUGCAGGUACCAUUCGUCUUGUCUGCAAACCUGCACGGUGGUGACCUUGUUGCCAACUACCCCUACGAUGAGAGCAAAACAGGGAAGAUGACAGGGGAAUAUUCUCCGACUCCUGAUGAUGAAACUUUUCGACAUUUGGCUCUCCAAUAUUCCCUCUAUCACGCAGACAUGGCGGACCCAAGGAGAAAAACUUGCGGAGAUAUAGAAAGCAUAAACUUCCCAAAACAGGGUGGCAUAACAAACGGUGCCAAAUGGUACAGCCUUCAAGGGGGUAUGCAGGAUUUCAACUAUUUGUCCAGUAACGACUUCGAAAUCACCUUGGAGCUGGGUUGUACCAAGUACCCAUCGGAAGAUGUUCUUGAGAAGGAAUGGGAAAGGAACAAGAACGCUCUCUUGAACUUCAUCUGGCAGAGCCACAUUGGAGUUAAAGGCAUAGUGUACGAUAGUGUCACAAAAUUGGGCAUACCUAAUGCAGUCGUCCACGUGAAGAAUGUUACAUCCCCAUUGUCUAUGAUGGAUAUACAGCAUGACAUCACAUCAGUUCACGAUGGUGACUACUUUAGAUUGUUAACACCUGGACAGUACAAAAUAACCGCUUACCGUGAUGGCUAUUUACCGCAUACCAGACUAGUCACUGUUGUAAAUCGACCUUACACUCAGGCUCAGAGGGUAGAUUUUGCGCUUAAACCUAUUUCGAGCACUUCACGCCGUCGAAGAUGUAUACCCUUCAAGAAUUGCCUCCCUACAUACGGAUACAGUCCAAUAAUUUUAUUGAUUCCAAACCGGAUGAAUUAUUUUCACCUGAUCAGAAAUGGAGCAGCUGGAUGAACAGCAACCAAGAGCCUAUAGCAUUGGAAUGAAGCAGAGAAAGAUGAACUGGACAGAAGGAGAAUAUACUGAAAUCAAUACCUAGAACCUAACAGUCGAGUCGCGAUCAAAUGAAAUAUUCAUUCUGUUUAGUGAUACUGUAAUGAACCAAAUUAUCUAUAUUGAAUGAAUCAAUUGGGAUGAAUAUAUUGAAAAUUAUUUUCUCA